AUGAUUCACCCGGAUAUGUUUCCCAAGACUAUUGUGAAUGUGGAUGUUAAAUCGGUCGAAGUGAAGUAUGAUGUUAAACCGGGUGAAGUGAAUGAUGAUGUUCAACCGGAUGAAGUGAAUGAUGAUGUUAAACCGGAUGCUCGACCGAUUGUUGUCGAGGUAGAUGUUCGUGCAAAUUUUACAAAUAAUGAAGUGUUUAUUGUUCAUGAACAUAUGCUACAAUGGGUCCGUAGGGAAGGCAUAAAAUUGGGCUUUGGAAUUGUAAUUGGAAGUUCCGACAAUGGUUCGGAUAGAAGACAGGCAUUUGUAACAAUGAUAUGUGAAAGAAGUGGCAUGUACCAACCAAAGAUUAGGCAGUUGAAACGAGAUGACACUGGAUCGAGGAAAUGUGAGUGUCGAUUUAAAUUGCGCGAAUAUGGUAUGGAGGAUGAGACACAGAAAUUUAAUGUGAUUUUCGAUAAACAUAAUCAUGCCUUGCAUGAUAAGUUAGUUUGUCAUCCCAUUGUAUGUCGCCUUGUGCUAGAGGAGAGGGAACUUGUUUCGGACAUGACAUUAAACAUGGUUAUGCCGAAAAACUUACCCGCAUAUUUGAAACGGAAAAGACCUUUAAAUGUUUCAAACAUUUAG